AUGAUCGGGACAGCCUUAUUUGUGUUAAUAGUAAUUUUACUAAUAAUAUACAAUGCGAUUGUUGAAAAAAGUAAUUAUUGGAGAAAAUUAAAAAUACCAUAUCUGAAACCCUUACCUUUACUUGGAAAUUAUGGAGACUACGUACUUAUGAAAAGAUAUUUCGGCGAAGUCGCUCAAACAAUAUGUCAAAAAUUCCCCAACGCGCCAUACUUUGGGGCCUUCUAUGGAACAGAACCAACGCUUAUGGUCCAAGACCCGGAGGUAAUAAAACAGAUUAUGACAAAGGACUUCUAUUCCUGCAGCGGCAGAGAGAUAUCAAGUUACUGCGAUAAAGAAGUCUUCACAAAAGGUCUAUUUUUCACUUCCGGUGACAGGUGGAAGUUGUUACGGCAAAACUUGACGCCACUGUUUUCUUCGUCAAAAAUGAAGAACAUGUUUUACUUGAUCGAAAACAGCUGCCACGGGUUCGAGAGCAUGCUUGACCGUGAAUUUAGGAAGAACCAAAUAGUAAGAAUCAGGGCAUUAUUCGCAAGAUUCACUAUGGACAGCAUAGGGACGUGUGCAUUCGGUGUAAACACAAAAACGAUGGACGAAGUUUCCGACGACAAUCCCUUCACAUAUAUAGGGAAAUCUUUGUUUCUAGAGACAUAUUAUAGAGGCUUUAAAAUUAUUGCUCGAGCCAUUUGGCCGGCAAUAUUCUAUGGUCUCGGGUUUAAGAACUUUCCGGUCGAAGUGAACACAUUUUUCCACAAAUUAAUGACGGACGUGUUUACCGAAAGGAAGUACACGCCGACGGCGAGACAUGACUUCGUUGAUUUAGUGCUGAAGUUUCAUGAACAGAAAUACCUUACUGGUGAUAGAAUAACAAGCUUGAAAGGAGAAGGGGAGAAGAUAACUAUGAAUGUAGACGAUGACUUUCUGGUGGCGCAGUGUGUCAUAUUUUUUGCGGGUGGUUUUGAGACAUCUUCUACAACAUUGCAAUAUCUUCUUUAUGAGCUUGCAAAAAAUCCAGAGGCACAGGACAAAUUAAUCGAAGAAGUGGAUGAAUAUUUGAAACGACAUAAUAACAAAUUAGAAUACAUUUGUGUGACAGAGCUACCAUUUGUCGAGGCAUGUCUAAGUGAAACUCUACGUCUGUAUCCAGUAUUUGGUGUGUUAACACGUGAAGUGUUAGAGGAUUACACUCUUCCAUGUGGAGCGGUGUUAGAUAAGGGAGUACGUAUUCAUAUACCAGUUUACCAUCUGCAUAAAAAUCCUGUCCAUUUCCCAGAGCCCGAAGAGUAUCGACCCGAAAGAUUUUACGGAGACGAGAAGGAAAAUAUCAAACCAUACACUUAUUUGCCUUUCGGCGAAGGACCUCGGAUUUGCAUAGGUAUGCGCUUCGCGAAGAUGCAAAUGAUGGCUGGCAUUGUAACAUUCUUCAAGAAGUACCGCGUUGAGUUGGCUGAAGGUACACCACGCAGACUGAAUCUUGGAGUGAAGACUAUUGUGACCCAACCAAAGGAGCUGAUACAACUGAAACUGGUAGAACGCGAGGGUUGGGAGCAAAGGAUAUUGGCUUAAAUGUGUUCAUUAUCUUUUAUAGUUUGUUAUUGACGACCUCGGUGGUCUAGCUGUUUAGCACACCGCUUUACUUCCUAUGGUCGCGGGUUCGAUUCCUCGCACAAUACAAAUAUUUGCAUUUAUGAGUAUGAUUGUUUGUAUCGAUCUGGGUGUUUGCUAUGUAUAUUAUGUAAGUAUUUACAAAAAAAUAAUAAUAUUAAAGUAUAUUAUAUCAG